CCCCCCCAAUCUACCGCCGCCGUGCCCUUUGAGGAUUCUUGCAGCAUCGCCCCGUGCUUGUUGAGUGCUAUUAGGCCUCUCCUCUCAGGAAUUGGCCCGCGGACUGCCUACGGAACCGAAAAGCGGAAAGCCGACAAUAGCAUUCUUAUACGUUCGCCGAACCACCGUUGCCCACCCGGCCCUGAUUGAGCCGCAGAGCCGACGCCAAAAACGGUCCCAAGUCCGACCGUCACCGCCAGCUGGAUGGUAGCGACUGUGCGCACUCGACAAGCACCACCCGUCAAUCUGCACGUCAAACACACCCCGUAGCGCCUUGCUUGCUUGAAGGAUAUAUACACACACAUAGUUUGAACAAGACCCGCUAUGGAAGCGGGUGAUUCGGGUAACAGGCAAAGUGGAAUUCCAACUGCCAACAGCAACCCCUUGGAUCAUUUUGAUAGACGACCUCGAGACCAACGCAUCGAUACCUCGUAUAGAGAAGGGAAAAACAUGGCGACCGCUACCAUCAUCAGCCCGAGCGCCCCGGGUUACCAUCAGCAUCACUCUUCGUAUAAUUCGGGAUACCCACACUCGGCUCCCGUUACCAGCAUCCCUGGCAUGAUCUCGCCGGUUGAGCCGCGCCGGUCGGUUGAAGAACCGGAAUCCGCUAACAACCACCGGCAAUCCCUCCCUUCUAUCUCCGAAGUCAUCUCGGGGACAAAGCCUGGGUCAUUUGCACCCCCAGUGCCUCAACAAAUGCCUCCUCAGAGCCUCACAGCGCCUUUCUCGGUCGCAUCGCUCACAGGUCCGCCACGGUCCUUUGAGGCUGGAGUCGAGAAGAACCAGUCGCCAAGAACACUGCAUCCUGUAUCGUCGGGUUACCCACGAUCAGAUACCCUCCCUGCCUUCUCUGACCCAUCACGGCCUGCUUUGGCUAGCCGACCUGCACCUCCACCACUGAACACUUUCUCGGGGCUACACCACUCCCCUUCACAUGCACACAGAGUCGACUCGGCUGAGUCGGACCACAGGCCACCGCAGCCACAACAACCGCCUCUCAGCGCUGGCCAUCGCGAGCAGCCGCCGCAGCAGUUGCCAGGGCUUUAUUCUGAAACCGGACGCCUGCCACCUGGACAGUUGCCUCUGUCGGCAUACCCAGCAUCCCCUAGAAGCUCAGGACCAGGCUUCUCAUCCCCAUAUGAUUCGCAACGGCCACCUGCGUAUGGUGAGGAAAACAGCGAAUAUAUGCACCAUCGGUUGUCGGACUACAAGGCCGCCCUGGACAAGCAUUACGAAACAUAUGGCUACCAAGAUGCUCUGCAAAUCGUUGCCAACUCGUGCCGUACUGGCUUCAAUUUUGCCGAGGCCUACGUAGCUGCCGCGCGGGAGCAGGGUGGCUCACAGCCCAUCCUGUCGAGAAUGCCUACCGAGAACGAGGUCGGCGGGCUUCUCAACAGCCUCCUGCUUGCCCUCAAGAAGCUCGAGGAGGUGCGGGAAAUGAUUCAACGGAAUAGAAUUCAGGACGAGCGAGCGCGCGAUCACGGCCGAAAGCCCGAGGACGAGGAUGUGGCCAUGUACAACGACGGGAUGAAGCCAGCCUACAGUCUGAACGAGGUUAAGAAGCGGCGCGGCCUAACAAAGUUAUCAAAACAGCGUGCGGCUCCUCCCGGACGGUGUCACAGCUGCAACAGGAUUGACACCCCAGAGUGGAGGCGCGGUCCCGACGGGGCGAGGACGCUAUGCAACGCCUGCGGUCUUCACUAUGCGAAACUGGAGCGAAAAAGGCAGCUUGAUCAGAGGUCGCUGAGGCCGAAGCCAUCCGAGGACCGGAGCUAGUAUUGACCGGUCUUUUUUUUUUUUUUUUUUUUUUUUUUUUUGGUCUUCUCUCCUUCCAGGCAACAAACACGUGUAUCCGUCUUCUGCAACCAUGUCGUUUUUUUAUAUCACACACCCAAAGUUUUUCGAAUACCCGAAUGCGUUUUUUUUCUCCUUGUGGGAGAAGGAAAUAUAUUCAAUCACCUUUGCAACAACCACCACUGCCGCCGGGGAGGAGGAGGAUUCAAAAAGAAGUGGAAAAAUGCGAAUGUGAAGAUCUUUUUUUUUUUUUUGGUUUGUGUACGGUUGAUAUUUGUAUAUACAUAUACCCCCUCUUUUUUUUUCCUUUUUUCCUCUUUGUUGUUCUCGCCUGAAAGACUUGUGUUAUUGGGACUUGAUUUUCUUUUUUUGCUACUGGCUGGCUGGCUUUUGUUUUAUGGUGCAAUGGGGAGAAAGAAGAGUACAAACAUAUACGGUGGGGCAAAGGUAGGGGCUGGGG